AUUCAUCAGUCGACUGAUCUAGAAAAUUGUCUAUGGAAAUUCUGAGUCAUUUUCAAAACAAAAGGAAUCAAAUCGAAAAAAAUACAAUUUAAAGAUAAAAUGAAUCGACUUUUUGGACGUGGAAAACCAAAAGAGCCUGGUCCUAGCAUAAAUGAUUGUAUUACUGGCGUGGAUCAAAGAGCUGAAGGAAUUGAAAAGAAAAUUCAAACACUUGACAAUGAAUUGCGAAAAUAUAAAGAUCAGAUGGCUAAAAUGCGAGAAGGUCCAAGUAAAAAUGCUGUUAAACAGAAGGCAUUGAGAGUUUUGAAGCAGAAGAAACAAUACGAGAAUCAAGUUGAAAACUUGCGCAAUCAAUCGUUCAACAUGGAGCAGGCAAAUUACGCGAAUCAAAUGCUUAAAGACACUCAAACAACAGUUGUCGCCAUGAAAGAUGGAAUGAAAGCGAUGAAGAAAGAUUUCAAGAAAAUUAACUUGGAAGAAAUCGAAGAUUUACAAGAUGACAUGGCUGACAUGUUGGAGCAAGCUGACGAAGUCCAAGAAGCACUUGGUCGGAGUUAUAAUACUCCGGAAUUUGAUGAAGAUGAUCUACAAGCAGAAUUGGAUGCAUUGGGGGAUGAAAUUGCUCUUGACGAUGACACUUCUUAUUUAGACGACGUCAUUAAAGCUCCUGGUAUUCCCGAUAGAGAACCAGGUGCUGAUUCAGUUCCAGCACAACCUUCUCGCAACAAAGACGGAAUUCUCGUUGACGAGUUUGGUCUCCCACAGUUGCCUCAGUCGUCAAAGACGUCCUAAAUAAACAGCAUCUUUCAAAUAUAUUUAAUAAUGAUAAAUUAAUUUCAAACAGAAUUUUCAUAAACAGCGUAGCAACUUUUCCAUUGCUUGAUCAAUAUAUGUGUGUAUCUUUUCAAAUUUCUCUAAGAGUACUCAAAAAUUAACAUUGCGAACCAAUGAAUUUAAACGCUUUUAAUUGUCUGUUCGUUGUUUAUGAUUAAUUUCCUUUAAAAAAAUAGCUGCUUAAUUUUUGUGUCGCCUCAAAAUAAUCUUACACUUUAUUACUAUUAUUAACACUCUCUCUGCAAUAUGCUUUCAUUUGCAUGUAAAUAAAAUUUUAUAUUAUUCACAAAUAAAAAAGGAAAACCAAAUAAAUAAAAAUGUUCAUCCUGAUUCGCUGUUCUCUUCACUAAUGACGGGAACACCUUCCAGGUCACAAACUCUUUUCUUCAAGUAAAAGAUUUGUUCCCUUAGAUGUUUCUCCUUGGCAGCAGCACGCGCUAAAAGAGUUUUUGCCUUCUCAAGAAGUGCAGUUUUCUGCUGUAAUUGCUGAGUCAGCACAUCAGCAUCUUGUGCUACCAUUUCAUUGAAGUUACGAUUGCAAUGAGGGCACGAGACAUUCAUUGCUUGUGAUGUUUGUGAAAGCUGCAAUUCGAUUUCCAAUUUAGAAAUCUUAUCGAGCAUUUCAUUGUAUUUUUUCAGAAGCUUUUCAUUUUCAUUUUUCAAUUUCUCAAAAAGUUCUUCCUUUUUACGGUCGGUUUGACUCAUGUAUGCUGCUGU